AUGAAUAAAGCUCUUUUCUUGAAACAUCUUGCAAAUCCAGACUUUUGUUUUGCCAAGAGUAAUUUCAAGGCUUGUUCGCCAAGCUCAAAAAUUCUCACUCCUGACAACUAUUCUCAAUGGGCUGGUUUUGUAAAUCCAUAUCUUGAUACAGUCACAAUCUAUUAUGCGGAUGACACGAUCGAUUCAAACAACAAGCAGCUUUACUUGAAUCUUACAGGUCUUCCAGAUAUUUCAGAACUCAUUUUAAGUUCAGAAAACUCAUAUAAACAUGUCUCUCUCGAAUCAUCACAAUUAACACAAGCCUCAUUAAAGAUAACACUUAACUCCGUCAGUCUCUACUCAGAUCAAGCAAUAAUCAAAGGAAAUAAAUUACAAUUGAUUUCCUGCAAGGCAGAAGACAAAUAUCGUUUUAGUCUGAAGUACUUAUACAUUGAUGAUGCAUCUCUUCUCAAUUUUGAUGCAAGUAUCGACUGUUCAACAACAUAUCUUGAAUUGACAAACAAAAACUCAGUUGUUAAGGCUAAUUUCGUACAUGCUGGAACAUCAUAUGUUAAGUUUACUGGAAUCCAAGAUGAUGGAACUGUUAAAUUCGAGAAUAAUUUGAUAGAAAUCGAAACAUCGAAAUUACAAUCACAGUUCAAAUUCGAUAACUCUCAGACAAACGUAGAAUUCAUUUUUGCCGAUUCUGUUAAGAAAUUCUCAGUCUACAACAUGUAUGAAAGCGAAAAUUCCUUAUUUGCACAUACAACAUUCAACGGACGUUCCGACUUAGUUCUUGACACUCCAAUCAAUAUCGGAAGCUCAUUACCAGGCCCAAUUGUCAAUACCGAAAAAGGAUAUAAUUUAUAUCUCGGAACACACAUGGCUGGCUACAGAUUACAGACCGGAUUCGCAAAUACCGACGCCAAAGGUAUUAUUAAUGCUGAUGCAAACAAGUCUUUCAUCAUUCCAACAGUCCCAAUUUUACCAGAAACAACAAUUACAGGAAAAUCACUUUAUACAGGUGAAAUAGUCACUUCACCUUUGUCCUGUAAACUUACAGCCGAUGUUGAGCAAUUUUACGCAGAUUUAAUGACAAAUAACGGAGAUGAAGUUUCUCUUGAAGGAAAAGCCAUCUACAGGAUCAAACAUAUCAUGGGUAACAAUGCCAACAUUAAAAUCGACAAAUUGGGCAAUUUGGACACUUGUGGAAAUGUCAGAACAAAAUUAUCGUUCAAUUCACUUGAAAAUGGAAGAAUCAAGUACCACUUCCACACAGAAAACAUCAAGGAAGGUACUUUCAAUGUUAUCUCUGGUUCUGGAAUCGAUUGCGAAAAUUCGAAAUUUAUUUACGAUGAAUUACCAUAUAAAGACUUCGAUGCCAAGAUAACAUGCAGUAAGGAUACAGGCGUUACUGUUACAGUCACAAAACUCGAUUCCUACAAGUUUUGUCUGACGAAUUUAUCAAAUAAGUGUCCAUCAGGCUACCAAAUGAUCUCUAACACUGAGAACCUUGAUCAGCUGAUGACAUCCAACUACGCGAAGAUAUUUGUCUUCACGGAUAAUCAACAAUACCACUUCCCAAUCAAGAUUUCAAGAAAUGACAAAGUAAAGAUCGAAUUCAUCACAGAAAACAAAGAUGUAUACGCGGAUAUCGCUGAUGAAUCAUUAUCUACACCUCUUGUCAUUAAAUCUACAGGAGUUAACUUGAAUUACCAAGGAAAUUCCAAAUCUUGCAACAUUUUAUCGAUGGAUGUUUCUUCUGCCACCGUCAUUGGAUUGUACAACCUAGAUGUGGCUGAUCAACAGCAAUCUUGGACUGUUGACUUCGAUAAUUCUUAUCCUUAUUCAAAGAAAGACAAAAGAACCCUCAAAAUCAGAUCGGACCUCUACACAUUCAAUGUAAAGGCUGAUCUCCAGUCAGAUUACUUGAUUUUCCCUAAUAACGACGUCAAAAUCGAAUCUGAAAAAAUUAUUACAGUCGAAUCCUCCAGAACUGUAAAUUACAAAGGCCCUGAUAUCGUUUUAGCAGGAAACAUUUAUUCUGCCGACUUGACAUUAACAAAUUCCCAGAUAAAUCCAAUUUCUCAGACUCCGAAAAUUUUGUCUCUCAAAUUUAACGGUUUAAUUCAAUCUUUAACCGUUUCUGAAAAUUCGAAAUUAAUUUUAGAGGGAACAUCAUCAAGUGCAUCGAUCAAACAACUUACUAUGAGUCCAUCUUCAUCAUUUGAGAUCAAAAACAAUUUUGAAAUUGAAGAAUUAGUUAUUUCAUCGAAUUCCAACAUUUCUCUUCCAUCAAAUCUUGUUUGCAAGAGACUAACAAUGAGAGAAGGAUCAGUUGCUUUAGUUAACAAUAACUUACACCUAUCAGAACUUUCGCAAGAUGUUGUUCCGUCACUUUUAUCUUUAGUUAUCGUAAAAAGUGACAGUUUACAAAUUGAUUCAAUUUCGAUUGCCAUGAUGGUUGACAAAGAUGAUGUUGCACCACAUAAAUAUUAUGAGUUACCUGAUCUCAUGAUUAUUAGUGGAAAGAAUUCCAUUGGAAAAUACAAAGUUAAUGCUGUAAAUCCAUAUUACAACACCCCAGAAGGAGUUUUAUCUGUUGUUUCAUCGAGUUCUGGAGCUUUCUUGGGCCACAGAGACCAGCCAACUUAUUCCCCAACAACACAAGUCCCACCAACAUACUCUCCAACAGUAGUUCCUCCAACUUCAUCUCCAACUUCAGAUGAAAGUAACUCCAGAAAGAAAGAUUUAGUUUUCUCUGCAAUUUUCUCACUCAGCGGUGUUGUAGUGUUGGUUGUAGUCGUAUUGUUGUUGUACUUCAUCGCAAUAAGACCAUGUAAAGCUAAGAUAGAUAACAACCCACUUCUCAGCGUUCAAAACAUGAUUUAA